AUGACACCCUUGUUUGGGUCUUAUGUGGUGAAUAUUGUUAUUUGGACCAAAACCAAAAAUACACGGAUUUCGUGUGUUACAGUUGACAUUCCGUCUCAGCCUCGUAACUUCAGAAUUGAUCAGAUCAAUUCCCAAUCGCUGAGGCUCUUGUGGGACCCCCCUCUGAGGAACGCUGAGAAUUGCACUUACAUUCUGAACUAUGGUAGGUUCAAGGAUGGCUUACGUCGCCGCAGGACCAAUAUACAUGAUGUGACGAGUCCCUUCCUUUUAAGAGGUUUGGAGCCAGACACUUUGUAUGAGGUUUAUGUGCUUGCUCGCAGAAAGAAUGGUUACAGUCAGCCAUCCACAAAACGCCUGGUGACAACACAAGCCGAAGUACAAUUACAGGCUCACAUCUACCAGACACCUGUUGGUAUAAUAGAUGAGGGAAAACCAGUGAAACUAACCUGUGGCUUUAGCGGAUCUCCAUCCCCAUAUAAAUAUAGGUGGCUACUCAAUUCUAAAUUUCUGACCACUGGAUAUUCCUACAACAUUCUCAAAGCAACUCGCCAAAAUGAAGGCUGGUACACCUGUGAAAUUGAAAGCCGAAUUGAUAAGGAUAAACACAGCAGAUACUUGCCAAUUAGAUAUAAGCCAGAGGUGAUAUACAUCCAAGGUGAUUUGGUCCCGCCUAGUCAACUUUACACCGCCCACUUGACCUGCAUGUUCAAGGGGCAUCCUACCCGAAUACAGUGGAAGAAAGACAACCAGCCUGUCAACUCAUCUCGUAUUUUUAGUCAAAAAAGCCGAGAAGACAUUACCAAUGGCACAACAAUUGCUGUGCUGGAGAUCGGCCUGAUUAAGGAAGAGGAUUAUGGGCACUACACAUGUAAUGGAAGUAACAGUUAUGGGAGUGCUCUGGGUGUAGCUGAGAUAACAAACCCAGAAACCAUUCCUGAGAGUACAACACCACCAUCCUUACCCUGGGCUCCGAAUAUGACAGCAUGUUGCAUGUCUAAAGGAGUCCGAGCAGACCGUCUUGACUUGUGCACCUCAAAAUUCGCAAACUCUGCUGACAUCAAAGACAAUUUAGAAAUCUUUCAAUCUGCUCUGCAGUGUGCAGCUGACGAACGUGACAGUACAAAAUGUUGUCAGAAGUCUCGGGUAUCGGACCUCUGUUGGCCUCUUUGUGCAGGGAAUCUGAUGGAUGAAAUUGACCUGCCUCUCUGUGCCCGCAGUGGACUGGGUAUAAUGGACUGCUUACAGGCUGGACAAAAGUCACUACCCUCACCGCCUCUCAACCUGAUUGCACAUGCCCCACACCUGGGGGACUUGGCCCUCUCCUGGAAACCACCCAUUAAAAAUCCAGAUAAGGUCUCCUUCUACCAUGUUCUCUACCACCGCAAGGGUGAUCCGCAAGGGGCAAAACAGAUAUCUGUGGAUAACACCUACAACUUGUACCACCUUAAAGUUACUGAGGAGGGUGUCUACACAGUGUGGAUGGUGGCGGGAAACCCCAGCGGUCAAAGUGCCAACUCUUCACUUCAGAUCGUCACUGUGACAGAUUUACUGCCCAGUGCUCCUCGGAAUCUCCAUGGUCAACUGCUCUCUGACAGAGUUAUCUCUCUUACGUGGAAGAGUCCAGAUGUCAGAACAGCGCCUAUAGACAACUAUACCGUAUUUUAUCGUCCAGAAAAAAAUGUACUUUACAAAAAUAUUAGUGUGCCAGCCGUUACCACUUCAGUCAUUAUUGAGAAUCUAACCUUACAGUCUGAGUAUGAGAUAUUUGUGAUGGCUCAAAAUAAAUUUGGAUUCGGUGGCAAAUCUAAUAUUAUCUACAUUGAUACAGGUGAAAUUGCCACCAAACCUUCAGAUUCUAGUGAAGUCAACUCUGUGGGCAUUGGUGUUGGCAUUACCGUUGUUUUACUUCUCCUCAUAGCCAUCAUUCUCUUGGCCGUGUACUACUUCAAGGUGAGGAGACACUCUCUGAAGGAGCCUGGAGCAGUGUCAUUUGAAAAUCCGGGCUAUGCUGAGGGCAAUAACAGUGUACAGAUAUCAGGUCUGCGGAAUGAUGUACCAGAUAACAGCACACUGCAGCCUGUCUCUGUAGCCACGCAUACACCAGAGACGUUUGAUUAUGGAAAAUUACAUGACGAUGGCUACUCAUCACCAGCUAACCCUGACUACGCCACUCUGGACGUGACGCAAACAAACGCUGUCAACACACAGCAGGUCAAACUCUCUGUUGACAAAGAUAACUCUGAAGCCUAAUCAGCUCUAAAUGUCUGUUUUAGUAGAUUGUACAAAAUGUUUUUAGACACUUUUGAAGAUGAAUAUUGUAAAGGUUAAAAUGUAUGUUACUGUUGAUAAUCAUUUGUUGUUAUUAAUUGUAAGUAAGUCCUACAUAUAAUAUUUUGUAUUAAUUUUUUAAAUUUAUUGAAAUGCAGCUGUACUUGUAUUAGUGUAUAUACAUAUUUGUCAUCAGAUUUUCACAUCAAUAUGAAUUAUUUUGUACAAGUCUCUCAUGAUAAUUGCCACAUCUAUUGACAUGUAUUGAUUUUAUUGAAAUACAGCUGUACUUGUAUUAGUACAUAUUUGUCAUCAGAUUUUCAUAUCAGUAUGAUUUAUUUUGUACAAGUCUCUCAUGAUAUUUGCCAGACCUAUUGACGUGUAUGUCUUAGUAACUGCUUGAUCACAGUUCUUGUGGCUAUGUUUUUUUUAUCCUCAUCUAAAUCUCUAGUUUUUUAACUAUGUACAGUAAAUGUGUUUGUAGCUUGACAUUAUGGUAGCUACUUGAUGGACAAUGGUUUGUACUGAAUGUAAUCUUCUUGUAAAUUUUUAAACAAGAUUGGUUCAUGUAAGUAAGUGUUAGGCAUUGAAAGCCAAUCCAAGUGGAGCAUAUCCAGAGCUGAACAACCCGAGCCAUUUCAUGUGAACCCUUGGUUAUUUGUGGUUUAUAGGUGAAUCUCAAAAAUCUUUUGACCUGAAUUUUACCUGCAUUUCAUUUUGUAUUUUGAAAGGUAACCAAGUUGUCCUUGUACAUGUCUGUGCUCAUACCCCCAAUCGGUUUGGUAUAUUACCAUCAAAGUGAACUCUUAAAACACCAAACAAAUGGAUAAAUAAAUCAAAGUGAACGGAACAGGAAAGCUCAGGGCUCUCAGUCAUUCAGUACGUUUUUCUUAUAAUUUCAUAUGCUUUGAAAUGUCUAUAUGUUUCUAUGUUUUUGUGUGUGUGUGAAUGCCUGCAAUAUUUCCUAUAUAUUUACUAAGCAAAACAAGAAAUAAUAAACACCUACGAUUUUGCCACAGGUGUUUUGUUGUUAGGUCACUUUGAGAAUCACCUCCGUUUUGGAGAUGAUGUUAACUGGCAGGUGAUUCUUUCAUACAUUAUUAAUUGUGUGUUGAGUGCAAACAAGAAUUGUAAAGGUGUGGACUCUCAGCCGGGACCAUUUCAAAAGUGUAAGGUUUUUAGGUCACAUGUGUUGUGUUGUUUAGGCAUGUCUAUUCUAUAAACUGUCAAAAACAUGUAUCUAUGCAUAUUUUUUGUAAAACGUCCUAUACUUUUUUCUAUAUUUUUUUAAGAUGGGUGCUGAGAGCCCUGAAGGGAAAAGCUCUGUUAUGACUUGCUAUCGCACAAGAUAUACAUUUUGCGGAAGGAAAUGUUCUAAAAUUAUUGUAUAUUUGGAUUUUUUUAACUCUUGGUUUUGGACAGCUGUUUUUACCCCUCAGCCCACUUACUUUUAGGUAUGAGAUUUUUUUUCACUUUAUGGAGGAAUUCCUAUUUUUUGUCAAAAGAUCUGUUGGAAAAAAUUGCUAAAAAGUACCAAAUUAUUAAAUAUGUGAGACAGUUUCCGCUGUUUCACCCCAUUGUCCGUCUCAUCACUCACUUCAGCUGUUACCAAAAUGUUUUAAUUCAAUUAUCUUUACAGAAAAGUUUGUUGUGCUUGUUCUUCUGUACUCCCUUAGUCAGCCUUUUGAGAUUGAAAAAAAAAAUUCAAAAAUAUUUCUGAUGUUUGAUUAACUUUAUUUUUAUCAAAAUUUAUAUUUGGUGCCAAAACUACCGAACCAAAUACAAUGAAACUUUCAAUGAUAAAAUCAUUACUGUUACAUAUAAGCAUUAUUUAUCAAAAGCAUUAAAAAACUAGUGAAUAAAGCAUAAACACAAUUGUAGGAACAACAUACUGGUUUGUUGUUCCCAAGACAUUUUUGGGACAUCAAUGCUCUUGCCAUAUUUUGGAACUACAUUGAUUGUAGCUAUGGUUUUGUGUAAUAUAUUAAUUCCAUUGUAAAUAUUUAUAUGUAUGGACAAAGCUGUGCAUGUGUAGAUGGGUGGACUGUGAUAGUA